GAAAUCAUUCACUCACUGGGAUGGUUUCGUCACAUUGCUCUCAUGCACCUCGUAGCAACAAAUAUAGCAGUCUGGAUACGGCACGUCACGUGGGAAGUGGCUCGAGAAUGGGAAAGCCUAAAUCAUCUGAAAAUCAAUUCGAAGGAUCGUUGGCCAUUGGAUGGUUAUAAUUUCACUCUUCACACAAUCAACGAGAAGAGAGAACACAAUAUCUUCUUUACUCGUCAAUGCCGAUGGAGGAUACAAGAUAAUGAUAAAAUGGAACCUAUGACGGCUCUUCACAACUGUCUUCAAAGUUCCAAGUCCGGUUGGAUCUGGGAUAAAUCCACUCCGUUUUUAUAUUCUUUCGUAAUUCAAUAUAGCUUAAUUGGCUCUGUGAUGGCCUACUACCUUUGGAAAAACAUCAAUGUAUUUAGCAGACGUCAGAGAAAAUCUGUUAUAUCUGAAUAUGAAGAUGAUGUUUGCCAGACCCCUUACUUCACAACCGAUUGCAGAGGAGCCAAUAAGGGUCUGUUUCUGGGACUCCUCGUGCUUGUUGCUGGUAUCAUGGUUAUUGUCCUUUUCUACGUUCGAAGAGAAGAUGACACUAUGUAUUUUGAUGCACUCUUUGCAAAUGUUGUCCUUCAUUCGGCUAUUCUGUUUUCCUCGACCAUUGCUGUGCUUAUUGGACUGGCUCGGGUUCCAUCUCUUAGUCCACGAAGUCGACGAGCUCGGAAAUUGAAUGGAUUUCUGCAACACAUUGGUGUCCUUGCUGUUUAUGGAUAUGGACUUUUUGGACUGGUAGUGGGAGGAUUAGAACUUCACAGCUUUAAACAUAUGCUGCUGUUUCUUGAUGGCGGACUGAUGGUGAUCCACUCUUUCCUUCAGUCACUGUUCAUUCACCAGGUCCUCCGUAGGUCCUGUGGCUACAAAGAAGCUUUACUGAAGGCUCGUCCUGGACGACAGGUCGUUACGUUCUUGGUUUUUAGUAAUUUGGUUCUUUGGUUAAUGGAGACUUUCACUGCCCAGAACUACGUCACCAGCCAUCUACAACUGGAUUUCUUCGGUGAGAGAGUCUGGGGAAUGAUAUGUCGUGUCCUGAUGCCACUAAUGAUAUUUUAUAGAUUCCAUUCUUCGGCCGCCUUGAUGGAUGCGUGGAGAAAUGCGUAUAAACCCAAAAAUAUUUGAUUGGCUAAAAGUAAACUCCAUAUUCUUCUGAAGCUUCAAACGGUUAAGACCCGUAACUUUAUUCUAAGACGUUUUAAACCAGAGUUAUUCAAAACGCAUAAAACAAUGUUUUUAAAUAACAUGUAUUGAAUUUCUUUAAAACAAGGAGAGAUA